AUGUAAAGGGCACUUCGAAGCUAAACUGUAGAUGUUCAAGCACUACAAAGAUAAAUUUAUCUCUCUGAAUAGGAUUAUUUUAGUAAAGGACAAGAGUUCAAUGAUUCUCCAUUAAAGAAUUCAAAUAAAAAUUCUUAACAACCAUUAUAAAAUAACAAAAUAAACAGCAAUAAAUAAAAUGGAAGUAAUAAAUACUUUGAAAGUAAAGCAAAUCCUAAAAUUAUGGGAAAUAAUGAAUUAAGAUUAUCAAUAAGGAAUCUUUUGAAAAUAGUUGAUUCAUCAAACAAAGAAAAGGAGUAAACAAAAUAAUAAGCAAACCCAUUGAAUGAUUAUAUUAAAAACGUUAUAACUUAGCAUAAUUAAACAUAUAAGUAUUAUUCUAGUGAUAUAAACCAUUCACACAACUAUAUAAAUUACUCGUAAAAAAAAAAGAAGUUGAAACCUUAGUAUUAGAGUUUUCUUGCCAACAAAGGGUCAGAGUUUGAAUAUUUACCUUAUUAACCUUAGGUAACUCCGAAUUAUUGGGCUGGAAUAUCUAAAAAUACAACAGGGAAAUCUAACACUGCUAUAGCACCUUAUGUUUUCAAGAUAAACAAUUAAAAAAUUGAUGAAAGUUAAUAGAAAAGUACUAGCCGCCUCUCUUCAAGCAGAAGUACAAGCAGAAAAAACUCAUAUGCUCCUACAGAUACUAUUUAAAAUGGUUAGACAAUUGAUUUUGAAAUGAACCCAUCAUUUGAAUUACAAUCUACUAUAUUUAUAGCUAAAGAUUAAGCUAAUGCUUUAAAAAAAUCUAACGAAGAUAUCGUUAAUAAAAGUCAAUGCUCAAGAAAUUCGGUGGGUGGAGAAACAAAAAAUUUUUAACUGCCUUUCAAAAGAGCUUCUUUAUAAUUCAAGUAAAAAGAAAAAAGAGUUUAGUCUGCUAGAGUGCAUAAGCCAUCAAACAAUUUAAAAGAGUAGAAUAAAUCUUAAGUAUCUAUAGAUUGCAAUCAUUUAUAUUACUCAAGUAUCUUCUAAGAAAGCAAUUAUAAUUAAGAAAGUAAAGAUUUUACGAGUAGCAAAGACUCAAAUUAAACACUUUAAAAGCCGAAAUAAUUAGAUCUUAAUAAUGCUGUCAAUAUGCCUGUAGAAGAUGAAAUAUUUAGCUCUCGCUCAAAUUUUAUGAGAGGAAAUACCUUAAAAAAUAAUUGGAUGAGCAGACUACAAUAAUAGAUAAAAGAUAAAAAUGAAUAAAAAUAAAAUUCUUAAAAAAAUUAGAAUAAAAGUAAUUAUUUUAUUGUGGAGGUUUAGUAACCUUAAACACCAUAAAAAGCUGAUUAGUUUUGCUUAACAAAUGAAUUUAUCAAAAAGCAAGCUAAAGGUUUACCAUUUUAAAUGAUUAAUUCUUUUUUUAUGGAGAAUGACAAUAAUAAUAUUUAAAAAAGCAAAUAAAUUAAAAGAGUUAGUGUUUCAAAAUCUAAUAAAAAAAAUAAACUUUAAAAUUAACAUGAUGAAAACCAUGUAUCCAUAACUUCUAUUUAAUUUUAUGACAAUUUUAAAGAUGGAUAUAAAAACGGCAUUACUAAGCCUAAAUAAAUAUCUCAUCAAUCAACACCAACGAGAAAAAAACUUGACGUAAAAACACCUCUAAAUUUUAAUAAUUGGAGGAAAUGA